AUGACAAAGAAACUCACUACCAUUGAGUUUCUGAAGGAGAGCCAGGCUCUAAAGCUACUCCUCGGAGACCUCACCCCUGCCAUCAUCAAUUCCUGGCAGAUGGCCUAUGAGUGCCAUUUCCGCAAGACACAACUUGCUGAUGAGAUUCAGGUUUCUACCAUCGCAUCCCGCAUAGAAGAUCUGCAUCUUGCAGUAUGGUACAAUGUUUACCAAGGCCGCCUUGAUGCUUUCGCAUUUGAGAACUUCACAACUGAGGUUUGCACCACCUACCUCCCCCAUGACUGGGACAGCUCUAUCCACGAUGAGGCGGCUGUCAUCUCUUGUACGAUCCAGGCACUCAAUGAUACCAAACUCCAUCAGCAGCUUCAUGCAGGUGUCAACACCCAUCUCAAGAAGAAAAUGAACUCCCCGCACCAUGAGCGAGAGUGUAAUAACAUCAUCCUCUUCUCCUAUUGGCUCUUGGCUGUCAAGGAUCUCGAUGAGGAGCUUCAAGAGAAAGACGACCUUGUGAGUAGUGCCAUCACUGAUGCAAUCAUGAAGGAGCAUGCCAAGCAUAUCAAUAUAUGCCCCCUCGCCAAUAAGGUCUCUAUCAGUGGAAACAAGCGCUCUGCCACUGAGACCGCUGCAGGUGUCUUCAACAAAUUGCAGAAGAUCACUCAGGACAAAUGUAACAUCCUCCAGAAAUACCAAGGAUGCUACAAGUAUCACCUACCCGAACAAGACCACAUGUCUGCCUCUUGCCCGAAUGGCUUCCCCAAUGCUACGACCUACACACUAAUCUCAGAGGCCAAUGUCGUGAAAUGCAUUAAAGCUGCAUCAGGAAAAUCCAACUUUUACUUGUGA